CUGCGCCGGAAGCAGAGGCGGGAGGGGGAAAUCCGGGGUUUUUCAGGCCCUCCCCCGCCUCCGCCUCCUCCUCCUUCGCGAGCCGCGGCGUGUGUCACUGGCUCUGACGACAGCAUCCUCCCCCGCAUCUCGUCGCCAUGGCAACUCUUUGUUACCUCCAACGCUCGAGUGGUCCAGCAAGGGAGGGGGCUGGCAGGGGUGGUAUAUAGGCAACUCUGGGGGGGAGCCAGGGAAGGAAACUCCAGAUCCCCACCCAGCAGGAAGGAGCAAAGAGAGAGAAGCUGGGAGUGAAGGAAAGAAGCAGAGCCAGGAGGGCAGAAUAAUAUAUUUAUAUAUUAUUAUUUAUAUAUAAUAAAUUAUAUAUGCACUUAGAAAGAGCUCUGUUCCGAAGGAGAGAAGGAAGGAAGGGAAUAACAUCAUCGAAUCAGAAAUAGGCAAUUCAGACUCUUUCCCACUCUCAGCCUUCUUCCCCAAAGGCAUUUUAGGUGGGCCAAAGGGGAGAGUUGUGAGAGCCAAAGCCUCCCCUGAAAGACAGCAAGAAACUCACUGCUGUUAUGUACGCUGAACCAUCCACUAUGAAUUUCCGGAACCACGGCUUCUUCCGCCGUUCUCCACCCCCUUCUGUGGCCAAACCACCCCCAACUGCUGGGAAUGCUUUAUCUGUCUUAGGAGGCAUUGCUCAAAUCUCCCCCUGCCUCUACCUCUGCUCUGGCAACGCAGCAUCCAACAGACAUAUGGUCUACUCUAGGGCAGUGACUUGUGUAGUGAAUGCCACCAUGGAAAUCCCCAAUGCCAACUGGCCAGAUAUUGACUACGUCAAGGUGCCUGUGCCCGACCUUCCUCAUGCUCCGCUGUCCUUGUACUUUGACUCUGUGGCAGAUAGGAUACACCAGACAGGGAAGAAGAAUGGAAGAACCCUUGUCCAUUGUGUGGCAGGUGUAAGCAGGUCAGCCUCCCUCUGUAUUGCCUAUUUAAUGAAAUACCACCGAUUGAGUCUCUUGGAUGCCCAUGAGUGGGUGAAGAGCAGGCGGCCCGUUGUAAGGCCUAACGUGGGCUUCUGGAGGCAACUGAUUGAAUAUGAACGCAAACUAUUUGGCAAGAACACCGUCAAGAUGGUGCCCUCACCCAUCGGCUUGGUUCCAGAUGUCUAUGAAAAGGAGACCCGUGGGCUUGUCCCCUUGUGGAACUUAAGAUAGACACUGAGUGACUUUGGGAAGGUGAUUGGGUGGUGGGCUGGUUGGAUAUAUGAUGAAAGUGUUUCACCAUAGUAGGACCUUAGUAUGACCUUCCAACAUGAUGGACCUUGGUAAGAAAUUGUUAUUGUAGUCUUUUGUAAGACCUUGCAAUAUGAUUAGAUCAUGAAAAUACCUGAGUUGCUUGGACUGUCCAGUAUGGUAGAUUCUGAUCUUUGGUCAGAAUCGGUGACAAACAUCACUAAGAACUUAUAUCUUAUAGGAAGUAAGAUUUCUAUUUAGAGCAGGGGCUCCAAGAUCUGAAUAUAUUUCUCUUCUCUUAGCAAGGAGGGGAGAAAAAUUUAAUCUGUUGGAGACAGAGCAUCAUAACCGCUUCCCAGCAAUAGGGCCUGGGCUUGCUUAAUUUUUAAUAAACACAAUACACUUCCCCCCUCAGGGACAAACAUUAAUGUUGACAUAGCUCCAAAGGCACAAUAUUCAAACAUUGCUCCACCAAUAAGAGGGCAAAAUAAUAAUAAUUAAAAAACCCUGAAGAGAACAGAACUUCCAACAGCAGAUGAAACACUUCAACUCCAGAAAGAAGAGGGAGACUUUAAUGCAGUGGUGUUCAUUGUGCAGGCUACAACUUUGCCUGCGGGUGUUGUGAAUACUAUUGUUUUAGAAUACUGUUCCAACCUAGGGAGAGAAGGAAAUUCAAACUCACCCGGGCGAGGGAAAAAUAUUUAAUAUUACCUCUGUACAGGGUCCAGUCGAAACCGGAGAGUAAAUGCCAGCAAGGAGGAUGGGUUUUAACUGGAAUGGGGUAGAAGCUGAAAUCUCUCUAGUGAUUGUGCAGAUUACAGUUCAAUAUCAAAAGUCUCCCUCCCUCAGGAACUAAGUGACUUCUGAAGGGGAUUUGGUGGUACGUAUAGAAAAGGGAAUGAGCAGUUUUCUAAUAUCUUAACACGGGAGCAAAUGUUCCAAAGACAAGCUUCUGUAAUUGAAACUAUAGAAAUAAAAAAGGUAUAAAACACCAAAAGCUUUAAUGCUACAAAGAAAAGUUAAUCCCAGUGGAUGGUAGUGUGGCACGAUUCUUGGGGACGAAUGUAAUGUCUGAGGAAAUAGGCUUUUGGUCUGAAUAUUUGUGCGAGGGACAAAUUUCAAGCAAAAAGUUUCAGUCCAAGCUGGUGGUGGCUUCCAUUUGAAGAAGAGUUCUGAAAACACUGUGGUGUGGAACAUGGAGACGUUUCCAAAGUUGAGCAAAUCUGUUAAAAUGUACCCAGUUUGCUCAGUGCAAACAGUUUACUAUCUACAAAACCUGGACUUAUACUGCACUAAAAAAUUCACGUACUCUGUGCAGACCAGGUUUUGGAAACUAGAAAUGCUAUUUUUCCACAUAAAUUGCUCUCUAAAUGCAGAUUACAGAGUGCUUUGAAGAGGCUGUUGAAGGGCUCAGAUUUUGCAUUUUAAAUCCUCAUUCCUUAAAGAAUCUAUGGACUCAUAGUCUUUGCUGUGAAGAAAUGCGUUGUGAAGUAAUUGCAUGUUCCCUCCACAUCGGAUAUACUCUGCUAUCAGCAUUCACCAGCCCCGUGUAUUAAAAACAGAAAAGCCAUCUUUCUAGAACUCUAAACAUUAAUUCAGGAUUCUGUCAUUGUAAAAACAGCCAUUUAGUAGUGGUUUCACAACAAUUGUUACUUUCAAGAACAAGACGUACAUCUCAUCCUCACAUUUUGAGAAGUUUCAGUUUUCACUUACUGUUCAGAGCAAUUUCCUGCCAAAACUCUGCUAGGAAGGCCAAGUUAGAAAAUUCUAGAAGCACAGUUAAAGAAGCUGUUAGUUCAGAUGUUGUAGCUGCAAAAAGGGUUGUUGUUUCUUGGCAGAAUAUUUCAAAAGUAUUCCACCUUGUGUAUGUAUGUGUGGGAGAUUUUGAAUGCUUCCCCUUGCACAAAACCUCCACUCUAUAAACACAGAGAAGUAUUAAAAAAAUAUUUCCAGAAGAAUAGUUAGCUAAGCUAGAUAUAUACACCAGACAAAGUUUGUCUCUGUAUAACCAAGCAAUUUGGGAAGGCAUCAUGUACUGGAAGGUAGGUUGUUAAUUCCCUCAGCGAGGGGCAACAUUAGGGAUUGGGCAUGGGCCCAGACUUAUCGAAAGGCCCACUUGGCCAACUCCUGAAGUCCUAGUCCUUAGGAGGACACCUGCUGCUGCCCACCAUGCGCACGCCCCUCACCCUCCAUGGUAUGUGGCUGGAAAAGCCCACUGGGCAGCCAACGGAUACAGGCCACGAAGAAGCUGCAAUAUGGAGAACCACCCAACAGCCAGUCAGGGGUGCGAGGUCCAGCACACAACGGGGUAUCCCGGUGCAGGGCCUUUGCCUCAGGGUCCUCCUGCAACCUGGCACUGACCAUGCCUCCACAUUUAUCAUGAAGAAACUAAAGUGCCUAUAUGUCAGCUAGGGGUGAAAUUGGCAUGUGAAUAUAGACAAUAUUGGAUCUUUGGAAACGUGGAUCAUGCAACAUUCAGACAGACAAUAUUCUUUCUCUUCUUCCCAAUGGCUGACAUGAGGAGCAUUACUCAAAGUAGUCCUGUUGGAAUUGAAAGGACAAGUUAGGCGAUGCCUUUUAAUUAAAAGUGUCCUUUUAAUUUCAACGGGCCUACUCAGAGAGUGAUUUUCCUCAUGUCAUAGUAUAUAUUUGUAGCUUUGCAUUAUUUCAGAGGGUUCAACUUGCAUUGUUAUGUAAAUAUAGGUGUCAUUUUUCUGACAGGAAAAAGCCCCUCUUAACAUCUGAGACAAUUUUUGGUUUUUCUUCUGCAAACUUUGUCCAGAGCUUCCCUUGGUCAAACUUACUAGCAGUUGAAAGCUUGCUUAAGAAAGGUACCACCAGCUGGAAAAAUUAUGUAGAUUUUGAACCCACACCACAAAUGUCCCUCUUGAUAUCUAUUCUUGAAAAUAUACAACACCAGAAGUAUAUUAGUGGUGAGCAAAGAAAGGUUAGUUAACUCUUCUGCAAUAUGGUGAUGUGGGAACUUUCCAAAAAACCAAACUUUUUAAAAAACUUAUUUUUUGCUUUCCACAUUCCCAGGAUUCUCCCUAUCUUCCAAAUCUGUUUUUCAGCUAUUCAAACAGUAUUGUUAGAGAAAGUAUUUGAAGCUGAAAGUGGAAGUGUGUGUGUGUGUGUGCUCUUCCUUGUAUCCCCAAGACAAUUCUGAAGAGUAGGCACAGAGCCCUGGGAAGUAUAGAAGGGUCCUUAAGUCUUACAAAAUUGCUGGCAUUUUAAUGGAUAGCUAUACACAACAGAGACAAAUCAAUGUAGCCUUGGCCACCAGACACCUCUCUCUGUAUUGGGCCCACAAACAGAAUUUCAGCUAUCUAGGGAAGGAGCUUGUUACAGGGCUGGAGCAUAUGUUGGUCUUCCUUUUGAGUGGUAAAUCUAUAUACAUGUAUCUAAAGUCUCUGCAGUUCUGUAUACUUUGUACAUACUAGAGGACUAAAAGAAAAAUUUCUAAAGUAAUGUUAGGGUUUCUUAUAGUUUCAGCUCAAUGAAAAAAAUCUUAAUAAAAAUUUAAACAAGC